AGUAUGGAAUUCCUGUCUCUCCAUACGGCACGGCAAAAGGCCCAAAACCCUUAAAACCCCAAGCCCCAGUUCACAGUGACUUCCCAAGGCCAAGGCUUCUUCAGUGCCACCUGACGUGCCGUCUGUAAAACCCUAACCUUCUCUCGACUCGGCAAAGGUAUGAAGGAAGAAGACACAGAAACCCCACACAGAGAGCUAUACGCUCUACUUCACAUAUCUCCAGAAGCAUCAGACGAAGAAAUAAGAAAAGCUUAUCGUCAAUGGGCACAAAUCUACCACCCCGAUAAAUACCAAUCUCCACAGAUGAAGGACAUUGCUACAGAGAACUUUCAACGGAUUCGUGAAGCAUAUGAAAUCUUAACAGAUGAACAUAAAAGGCAAAUAUAUGAUAUUUAUGGUAUGGAAGGACUAACAUCAGGUUUGGAGCUUGGCCCAAAGCUGAAUAAAGCAGAAGAGAUCAAGGAAGAGUUUGAAAGAUUACGGCGUCGAAAGGAACAAGAAAAGGCCUCAGCCCAUGUCAGACCUUCUGGUUCAAUUCUUGCAAACUUGUCAGUUCCACAGUUCCUAAAUGGUGGCGGCAUUAUGAAGGGAAUGGCUAUGUCUACUGAAGUUCAGUCUCAAAUAUCCAAGCGCAACACCAUUGCCGUUGGUGGAAACUUGGCAGUUACUGGAAAUUCUGGUGGUGGAGCUGCCACUGCUGUGCUGAGGCACCAAAUUUCUUCAGUUGCUUCUGUGGAAUUCAUGGCUUCAGCUGGAUUACGAGCACUUAUUGGGGUACAAACAUCCCGGCACCUAUCCCUUCAUUCAACUGCAACAAGUGGAAUUGCAAUAUCUUUGAGAGAUGGUUCAAUCAAUCUUUCCAAUGCCUGGACCCGCCAACUCUCUGAAACAUCAAAUGGAAAUAUACAGCUUGCUUUAGGGACAGAGUCAUCUAUUGCUGUUGGCUGGCAAAAGAAAGAUGAGAAAAUGGCUGUGGCUGGAGAGCUGAAGUUUGGUACAAGUUCUUUUGGAGCAACAGCUCAUUAUACUCGUUACUUCUCCUCCAAGUCUAAUGGCCGUAUUGCAGCUAGAAUUGGAAGCACUGCUCUUGAAUUUGAAGUUGGUGGCGGAAGAAAGAUCUCUGAUUUCAGCUCUGUUCGGAUGUUCUAUUCGCUAGGGAUUCAGGGCAUCUUUUGGAAAAUUGAAUUCCAUCGUGGGGGACAAAAGCUAAUCCUUCCUAUAUUGCUUUCUAGGGAAUUGGAUGCAGUAAUUGCAACUGGAGCUUUGGUGAUUCCAACAUCAGUUUAUUUUCUUCUCAAGAUAUUUGUGGUUAAGCCUUAUUACCUUAAACGGCAAAAGCAAAAGGCAUUGGAGAAGAUGGAAAAAUCUUCAGCUCAGGUGCAACAGGCAAGGGCAGCAGCUGAGAAAGCUCAGAAGUUAUUACAAAAUGUUGCCAACAGGAAGAGAAAUAAGCAACAGGAAACAGGUGGCCUAGUUAUUACAAAAGCAAUAUAUGGAAACUGUAAAGCUUUUAAGAAAAAGAAUGAAUCAAGAGAUACAGAUGAUCCACUGGUUUCACAAGUCUUGGAUGUCACUUUACCUAUGAACUUCCUUGUAAAUGAUUCUGGGCAGCUUAAGCUUCAUAAGGGUGUAAAGAAGUCAGGCAUUAUGGGCUUCUGUGAUCCCUGUCCUGGAGAACCCAAAAAAUUGUAUGUCGAGUACACUUGCAGUGGCAAGCGAUACGAGGUGGUAGUGGAUGACUAUGGGGAAUUGAUGAUACCACAGGAAGCACAUGGAAUCUAAAAGUAAUUCGCCAUUUUGAAUUUGAACCCCAAUCGGGCCCACCUCUGGCAAUUUCACAUGCCUUGAAAUGUUACCAAAGUACUUUUGUAGCCACCAUUUCAUCGAGCUUGUCACAGUUAAUUUAUCUCCAUAUUCUUAGUGUAAUCUGAGAAUUCUGCAUACUGAUGAUGUAAUUGAGGACAAUAAUAAUAGAAAAGAAAGAAAAUCCCAUUCCUUUUUAGUGAGAUUAUAAAAUAAAAUCCCAUAUUUGCUUCA